AUGAUUAGAAGGUUCAUGAUGACGUUGAACUUCGAAACCAGGGUCCUCAAAGUAAACCCAAAGGCAAUCCAUUUCACUCCGAAUGCGCACGUAGAUGGAUCUCUCCCGACCAUCACAGACCCGGAGACGGAAAAGAAUCUUUUGGAAGCGGCAAAAGUGAUAAGGGACACAAACAACACUGUGGGAUUUCCCACAGAAACUGUAUACGGUCUGGGAGGCUCUUCCUUAAAUGACGACAGCGUUUUAAACAUCUACAAAGCUAAAAAUCGGCCAAGUGACAAUCCGCUGAUCAGUCAUAUUGCGUCCAUCGACCAACUGAAUCGGAAGAUUUAUGGACAAUCUGAAACUUCUGAUGUGCUGCAAAAUAUUCCUAAAAUUUACCACAGUUUAAUAGAAAAACUCUGGCCUGGACCUCUUACUGUUUUGUUACCUGUACCUGAACAAUCCACAUUAUCAAAGUUGACAACUGCCGAUCAGCCUACGUUUGCGGUAAGAAUUCCAUCUAAUCCUGUAGCAAGGGCUCUGAUUGCCCUCAGUGAUACUCCAAUUGCAGCACCUUCUGCUAACCAGUCUACUCGUCCGUCUCCGACGCUUGCAUCGCAUGUUUACCACGACUUGAAGGGCCGCAUCCCGCUGAUUUUGGACGGAGGCGCAUGUACAGUUGGGGUUGAAAGUACAGUGGUAGAUGGACUUGUUUCUCCUCCUCUUUUGCUGCGUCCUGGUGGCUUCACUUGGGAACAAAUACGAAGCAUGGGUGGCGAAGACUGGGCCAAAUGCAAAGUAGAAAAUAAAAGAACUGUUGAAGAGGGUGAAAAAGUGCGAACACCUGGAAUGAAAUAUCGUCACUAUUCUCCUCGUGCGAAAGUGAUUCUGUUCGCGCCAGAGGACAUCUCGUCAGACCUACCAGAACGUCUAGAUGGGGUGAGAAAGUCCAUCAACGAGCAUGCAAAGGAUUCUCAAAGAUUUGCAGUGCUUUCGACUCUUAUCUUUCCAAACAACUUAAUAACUGACCCCCGGGUAGUGUACAAGUCUCUUGGCACAACAAGCAUAGAAAUACAGACUAAUCUUUUUGCAAGCUUGAGGGAAGUCGACGAAAUGGAAAACGUCGAGCUCAUUUUUGUCGAAGGUAUAAGUGAGGAAGGCGAAGGACUGGCGGUGAUGAAUAGACUUAGGAAAGCUGCAAGUAAUAAUGUAAUUUUAUUUUAA